AGAAGAAAACUGCGUACCGUAAAUAACAUUUCUGCUCGUUUUACAGCUUUGAUUGUAAACAGCUGUGUGAGAACGGAUUGGUAUUGAAUAAAAAAUAAUAAUAAAAUAAUAAGGAGCGCCUAACAAAAUGGAUACUACCGAAGAUGAGAUUCCAAUAUCAGAAAAUAUCAGCAUAAACGCUAACGAGCAAACCUGUCGCGUUUGCUUGGAAUCUCACGAAUCAACAUUGAGUCUUUACGAUGAAAUUGAAUUUAAUGAUCUAAAUGUUGAGCUGUGGCAGAUGCUAGAAAAUGUAUCGAAUGUGAAGUGCGAUUUGCAUGAACCAAGUCUCCCCUCACAUCUAUGCCAAGGAUGUACGCGUCGCCUGAUUAGUGCCUACGAGUUUAUAGGAGAAGUAAUAAAGUCCAAUCAGACACUUCAGGAAUUAUAUAGUGUUCAGGAUUCAGAUGAACCGGCUAAAGUUGCGGAAAUUAGUGAGUUCACAGAAUUGGAAAAGCAAGAAGACGAACUGAUGCAAUUGGAAGAAUGUCAAUCCGUCAUUGAACUGCAAGAUGAGGAACUGGCCCCUGAUGAUGCUUCAUAUAAAGAAGAGCCAUAUGACGAAACGGCAUAUGAGGAACAAACAUAUGAAGAACAGAAAUAUGAGGAGCCACCACAUAUGGAAGAGCCAUCUGAAGAGCUGUGCAAUAGUGAAAUCGACCCCAGUGAGUUGGUCACAGAACUAGUACAAGACGAGUCUGAUUCAGAGAUUACUGAUGGUGCGGGUCAAUUCAAAAAUCGUUCUUCACAGCUAGGAAUGCGAUUGGCGAAUUCUCAAAACUUUAUGUACAAAUGUUCCAGCUGUCCACGUAUUUUUGCCAAAAACAAAUCGCUUGCACGCCACUUUGCAACAGCUCACAGCCAAGCGGCAGAUGUAGCUGCCCAAGAAUUGGCCAAAGAGCAUAGCAGCAGUGGUGCUCUGAUCUGUGAGCAUUGUCCGCGCAUAUUCAAACGGCACGACACAUUGCGUCGACAUAUGAUUGCGUUUCAUCCGGAGGUGGUCGCUGCCAGCGGUUGUUCGGAAGAUGCUAUAGUUGGCGCGCCACCAAAGCGUGCAGCAAAAAGACGCGAAUGUCCUCAUUGUGGCAUAAGCUUUCCUGUUUCAAGUCUAACCAUACAUAUACGUCGCCACACUGGGGAAAAUCCAUAUAAGUGCGACGAGUGCGAAAAGGCUUUUCCACGCAGUCAGGACCUUAGUCUUCACAAGCGUCAGCACACCGGAGAGCGACCCAGCGAAUGCAAAAUAUGUGCGAAGAAGUUCAUCUCUCAAAACAAGCUGGCCCGGCAUAUGCGUCUGCACACUGGCCAUCGACCGUACACUUGCGAUAAAUGCGAGAAAAGUUUUGUCCAAUCUAACGACCUAAAGAUCCAUAUGCGUAGACACACGGGCGAACGACCGUACGCGUGUAACGUUUGCGGUAAGAGCUUUGUUUGCGGUUCCCUUCUGAACAUUCAUCGUAAUCAGAAGCGACACUACGAGACUGUAAGAGAGGGAGAAGAAAUCUUUGAGCCUGAUCCCUAUGAAAAUAGUCGUGUGAAUAAGCGUCGUGCCGAGGACAUUGAACGAAUGCGAUUGCAGCGCGAGACUGAUACUCAGCCAACUAUGCUGCAGCCCUACAACUGCGGUGUCUGUGGAGAUACGUUCAAGAGCGGAGCACUACUCACAAUUCAUCGCAAUAAAAUGGCACACUAUGAGAUCGGCAAGGUGGACUACGGUGAUCCCUACGAACAAAAAUAUAAGCAGCAGCAGCAACUCAGUGUUGUGCAUUGUGAAGACUAGAAUAUUCAAUAUAUAUUCAAAAACAGCACUAUAAUUUUUUUUUAUUGCUUAAGAUCUGC